AUGGCUGGGAGGCACACCAUUAUUCUGAUGCAACCAUCCCAAAACAGGAGCUCCAGGACGUUCAUGGAUUAUAAUUCAAUUAACCAUGCAUUGGAUGGAAUCUGUGGUCUCUAUGAAAGGAAAAUCAGGGAUAUCAACCCAAUGAUCCCGAACAUAACCUAUGACAUCACUGAUCUGUACAACUUCAUCGACGGCCUAGCUGACAUCAGUGCGCUAGUCUAUGAUCACGAAAUCCAUGCGUUUCUGCCAUAUGACCGGCAGUGGAUAAAGCAGAAGCUGUUUCAGCACCUUAAGAAGCUGGCUCAAAGAUAG